CAAGUGAUAAGUCUUUCCUUUUCCUGUGGGAGCAGCCGGGUAGAGAGGAGCGUGGCCGUCUCCUCUCCCCGUCAUGGCUUGUGCCCGUCCCCUCAUAUCGGUGUACUCUGAAAAGGGAGAGUCAUCUGGCAAGAAUGUCACUUUGCCAGCUGUGUUCAAAGCUCCCAUUCGACCAGAUAUUGUGAACUUCGUUCACACCAACUUGAGGAAAAACAACAGACAGCCCUAUGCCGUCAGUGAAUUGGCAGGUCAUCAGACCAGUGCUGAGUCUUGGGGUACUGGCAGAGCUGUGGCUCGAAUUCCAAGAGUUCGAGGUGGUGGGACCCACCGAUCUGGCCAGGGUGCCUUUGGAAAUAUGUGUCGUGGGGGACGCAUGUUUGCACCAACCAAAACCUGGCGUCGUUGGCACCGCAGAGUGAAUACAACCCAAAAACGAUAUGCCAUCUGUUCUGCACUGGCUGCCUCAGCCUUACCAGCUUUGGUGAUGUCUAAAGGUCAUCGUAUUGAGGAGGUUCCUGAGCUGCCGCUGGUGGUUGAAGAUAAGGUUGAAGGUUACAAGAAGACCAAGGAGGCUGUUCAGCUGCUUAAGAAACUUAAAGCUUGGAAUGACAUCAAAAAGGUCUAUGCCUCUCAGAGAAUGAGAGCUGGCAAGGGCAAAAUGAGAAACCGACGUCGGAUCCAGCGCAGGGGGCCCUGCAUCAUCUAUAAUGAAGAUAAUGGCAUCAUCAAGGCCUUCCGGAACAUCCCUGGUAUCACUCUGCUUAAUGUAAGCAAACUGAACAUUUUGAAACUUGCUCCUGGUGGGCAUGUGGGGCGUUUCUGCAUCUGGACGGAGAGUGCUUUCCGGAAGUUGGAUGAGCUGUAUGGCACUUGGCGAAAGGCUGCUUCCCUCAAGAGUAACUAUAACCUUCCCAUGCACAAGAUGAUGAACACCGACCUUAGCAGAAUCUUGAAAAGCCCAGAAAUCCAAAGAGCCCUCCGAGCACCACGCAAGAAGAUUCAUCGCAGAGUCUUGAAGAAGAAUCCACUGAAGAACCUGAGGAUCAUGUUGAAGCUGAACCCUUACGCCAAGACUAUGCGCAGGAACACCAUUCUUCGCCAGGCCAGGAAUCACAAAUUUCGUGUGAAAAAGCUGGAAGCAGCAGCUACUGCACUGGCAACCAAAUCCGAGAAGGUUGUUCCAGAAAAGGGGACUGCAGAGAAGAAGCCAGCAGUAGGCAAGAAAGGAAAGAAGCCUGCGGAUGCUAAGAAGCAGAAGCCUGCAGGGAAAAAGGUGGUUGCCAAGAAACCAGCAGAGAAGAAGCCUACCACAGAGGAAAAGAAGCCAGCUGCAUAAACUAUUAAAAAUUGUUAAAUUCCAGAGAGCAAGUAGAGACAGCAUAUUUCAAUAAAUCAAACAUGUGGUGACAAA